CUUCAUAUAUAUCAGAGGGGGGAUACAACCCACAGACACUGUGGCUCUUUGCAAUUGUGAAUCUCUUCAGCUGAGGAUUGUGCUGGGAUUGAUUUAAAUGCAAAGAAACAACAGGAUACUGAACUUCACUGCAGGAAUUAAAUUACAGGAUAUGCUGUGUUUAGGAGACUCUCCUGACUGCCUCCGGGACCAAAUGCAGUGCAUGAUGAGAUCCUUGCAGGACCUGAAGCAGAUAAGCAGGCCGAGGCCACUGAGUGAACCAUGUGCUCGGUCCUUUGCUGUGACUCGGCUCUGCAAACAGAGGGCACAGCAAGAGAGACUCGCUCGUCUACGUGUUUCUGACUCCAGUGAAGCCAGCACAUAUGAUUCUGCCUGCUGCCUGGCCAGCCCCCUGGAAGAAGAUGAAGAGCAUCAGGAGCAUGAGCGUUUGACACAGGGCUCCCCAAGCAGUGAAAAGAGUCUGGACUUUGACUCAGGUUAUUCUGAGGCUUCUUGGCAGGAUGAAGGUGUGGUGCUGAGGAGAACCAGGAAUGUGCGAGUCUCCUCUUCAGCCUGCCUUCGCACAAACAGAGGAGCCUCUGGAAGAAUCCGUCCCAAAUCAACCUCGGACGCCUGCCUGGAGCGCUGGACCUCAUUUGAAGCCAGCAACCCAGAGGACUGGACGACAUCGCUGCUGAGCCGCAGCAGGAACAGACAGCCUCUGGUUCUGGGGGACAACAGCUUUGCUGACCUAAUAAAGAACUGGAUGGACCUACCCGAGUGUCCUGAGCCAGCAGAACUAAAGCCCAGUGUGGGUCGGCGCAUGGCGAAAGACAUUUUGGUCAACAUGCGGCGCAGAAUAGCAGGGAUGUCUAAAAAUGUUGAGGUGAGGCCGAGGACAGCAGACUUGACAAGGGUCAGCAGGGCUGCGGAGGAUCCCAAACGGAUGUCCUGUCCUGUGGGGCUCCAGGCGCUGAAACCUUUCUUUCACCAGUCCCACACGGGCCUACAUGAGCCGGACACUGACUUCUACCAAUUCACUGCUCUCAUGAAGACAGGCAGCCGACAACCCAUUAUAUGCAAUGACACUAUUGGAUAUAUUUAAGUGAGGCUCCAGUCUGACCAUUCAAAUAAAUUGUGAUAAGAUGGUUGUAUUUUUAUAUUGGAGUUUGUCCACAAUGUUGAUACAUCUGUAAUAAAAGUGUUUUGUAUUUAAUGAAAA